CUCGGGGACGCGCACGGGGAGGGAGGAGCCCCGAGUCCCGGCAGUGAAGACAUUGUUACUGCGUGCAGCGCUGCUGAAGACGGUAAAGAGAGAGAGAGAGAGAGAGAGACGCGGAAGUGAGUGGGACCUGUUGACUGAUGCUGCCAAGCUUGGGUGUGUGAGAGAAGGCAGGAUGAAGAAGAAACAUUCAAAGAUGUCUGACGAAGAUGCCUCUCUUUGCUGCUGUGAGUACAUUAAUCACCAUGGAGAAAAAACUCAUAUACUGGCCAGUUGCUGUGACUGUGCGGAUCUGGAUGAGGCCUGUGACAGGUUUUUGAAAGGAAAAUCUAUUAGCCCACAGACCAUGGAACGAGUAACAGACACAAUUUCUGACCGUUUGCGGAUUCCAUGGCUGUUAGGUACUGGUGCCAAGAAGAUCGAUAUAACAAUACUUCCACCUCUUGUUUUCCUUCCAAUCUUCCUUCAUAUUGCAGCUCUUCACGUUGUCUUAGCGUUCAUCAUUUUGACGUCCUUACCAAUACUAGUGCUUUGGUACUAUUACAUCACUCACCAGAACAAAGGACGUACUUUAUUUUUUCUUAGUCUUGGCCUCUUUUCUCUGGGCUACAUGUAUUAUAUAUUUCUGACUGAAGUAAUGCCUAAAGGAAACGUUAGCUUUGUGCAUUUAAUUGUGCUCACCAGUGGUUUGGUGUUAACGCUGGUAUGUUUGGCACUAGUCAAGAAAGAUCCAGGCUACCUCCGAACUGACAACAGAACCACUCAAAUUAAAGAUGCUGAGACAAAUUACACUUCAUACAGUUUGAAUGGUACACACCAAGUUCAGCAGAAGGAUUGGGAUAUUCCUACAAAAUUGCAUCCAUCUGGCCAUAAUGGCAAGCUGCAGUUAGGACACCAUGAAUUGAACAAGAACUGGUGUGCGGUAUGCAAGAUUAUAAGACCACCUCGUUCAGGACAUUGUCGAAUCUGUGCAUCCUGUGUGCAAAGGCUGGACCAUCAUUGUGUUUGGAUUAACAGCUGUGUAGGUGAAUCCAAUCACCGUGCAUUUAUUCUGACCCUCUUUGUUUUCCUCCUCACCUCGAUAUAUGGAAUCAGUUUGACUUUGGACACUAUAUGCAGAGGGCGAAGCCUUUUCACAGCUUUAUUCUAUUGUCCUGGAGUUUACCGUGAGUACAGUACGGCAUUGUCAUUCACCUGUGUCUGGUACUGCACAAUAGUCACUGCAGGGAUGAGCUACCUCUUCCUCAUCCAGCUCAUCAAUAUCAGCUACAACAUCACAGAAAGAGAAAUACGCUUUGCUUUGAGAGACAAAACUGGACAAAAGUACCUCUGUGGACUAAUCAUAAAAACAGAUGAGUACAAUCGAGGGCUCAUUAAUAACUGGAAAGAAUUCCUCAAACUUCAACCUAAUCCUGCGAAGAUAGCCAUUGAAGAUUUGGUGUAACGCUUCUCGUUUGAUUUUAUUCAAGGACUUGUCUUUGUACUCGACUUGCGUCUGCUGAUCACAAUGUGUCAAACAACUCAUAACUAGU